AUGGCCUUGGGCAUUGCAGGGCAGAGUGCAUCGCUAAGAGAGUUUCUUGCUGAUCAAUUGUCUGCCCAUUACCAUGACGAGGAUGAGGAAAGAGCUAAGGCCUGUACACGGUUUCAAAUGCGUGUAAGCAUGGUUACGGCCAUAAUCUUGAGUAAUGUUCUGGUGUCAUUCAACUGGGCCCUCGUUGUUGGGGCCAUUGCAUUACUCAUGGGCUUUGGAACUGGAGUUUUUUGUGCGGGUACUCCCUUCUACACCGGCAUCAAAAGAUGCGGGAGUCCCGUCAAAUGUGGGUUACCUGUCUCCCAUCCGGCAUUGGAUGAUACCCAACUCCACCAGAAGCAUAACAAUGAAGAUAGUAAUCAGCUCACGUCAGUGAGCCUCACAAUAACCAACAGCCCCAGGGGAUCAGCUGAAGUUGCCACUUGUGCCCCAUCAUCACAUGCCAUGAAUAGACAAGAAAAUAAAAUAAAAGUAGGGAAAGCUAGGCCAAUUGUCUUCAUGUUAACGACCUUCAUUAUAGUUGGCCUGGUAAGCUCUAUAGGGAAUACGCUCUUUAUUGAACAAGCAAAUGCCUUGCAUAACACAAGAUUCCCUGUCUUCAUCCUCUUAAUCUGUGCUUCUCUAUCAAGGUGGAUCACUAGCCAUAUCUACACAUCAUUGCAGAAGAAAUUAAGCAUAUCUCCUUCACAACAAAGCCUUGGGAUCCGAAUUAGAAUGGGCCUUGGGAUGUUUCUGUUUCUAUUAUGUAGCGCUAUUGCUGAGGGAGUGGAGGAUAAAAGGUUGGACGUUAUAAGGAAACAUGGUUUACAAGACAAGCCUAAUGAUGUCGUCCCCAUGAGUGUCUUAUCCCUACUUCCCCAAUUCAUCUUGCUGGGAUCUGCAGAAGGAUUGUCAUGGGAUGGUCUGGAGAAUUUCCUAGAUGAGCAACUUCCUGAAUCGAAGAAGAUGUACGCAAGCUCAUUAAGCAAGGGUAUGAAUGGAGUUGGCAAGAUCCUCAGCGUGGUUUGUGUUGCCAUUGUUGAAGCUAUUGAACCAACUUGGUUUUCUGACUCCAUAAGCAAAAGUCAUCUGGAUAAGUUCUAUCGGAUGUUGACAAUUUUCAGCUUUCUCAACCUUUUUUGGUAUUUCUGUGUCGCAAGAUACCUCACCAGCAAUGAGGUAAUAGAAAAUGGACAAGUGGAACCAGAAAGAACUGAGCAUCCAGUUUAUAAUGCAGUAUUGUAUAAUAGCAAGUUUCUUAUGGCUGCAGUUGGUAGUUUAUCCUCUCUGGACGCUAGUGAGGAAGCUGAACUUUGGUCAAUUUUUAAAGCUUUGGGUUUUGCUAGGGUUCAAUGA